UCUCUAUCUUUCCAUGCGGUACCGUGUUUUCUUUGCAUCAACGGCUACUAUUUUUGAACUUGUCAUAAUUAGUCUCUAUUUCUAAUUAGUAUCGAAUACACACACACACCUUAAACGUAAGUGGUCACUAUUUGUUCCACACUAUUAUGCCUUCACUCUCAGAAGCCUACCGAUCCCACCCCGUGCACGUUCAACACAAGCACCCUGACUUAAACUCCCUACAAGAACUCCCCGAGUCUUACACUUGGACACACCAUGGCCAUGAUGAUCACACUAAUUCCCCUGCUUCCAACGAGAGUGUCCCCGUUAUUGAUCUCAAUGACCCAAAUGCUUCAAAGUUGAUACACCAUGCAUGCACAACUUGGGGAGCGUACCAAGUGCUGAACCAUGGCAUACCCAUGAGCCUCCUCCAAGACAUUCAAUGGGUUGGGGAGACCCUAUUCUCUCUCCCUUCUCACCAAAAACACAAAGCAGCUCGUUCCCCUGACGGUGUUGAUGGCUAUGGCCUCGCUCGCAUCUCUUCCUUCUUCCCCAAACUCAUGUGGUCUGAAGGCUUCACAAUUGUUGGAUCCCCUCUUGAGCAUUUUCGCCAACUCUGGCCCCAAGAUUACGACAAAUACUGUGAUUUCGUCAUGCAAUAUGACGAAGCCAUGAAAAAGCUAGUGGGAAAGCUGAUGUUGCUCAUGUUGGAUUCUCUGGGUAUUACAAAGGAAGACCUUAAAUGGGCUGGCUCAAAAGGCCAAUUCGAAAAGACUUGUGCUGCCUUGCAAUUGAAUUCAUACCCGACUUGUCCGGAUCCGGAUCGGGCCAUGGGUCUAGCCGCCCACACCGACUCCACCCUUCUCACAAUCCUUUACCAAAACAACAUAAGCGGGUUGCAGGUUCACCGAAAAGGCGUCGGGUGGGUGACGGUGCCACCACUCUCCGGCGGACUUGUGAUCAAUGUAGGCGACCUCCUCCACAUAUUGUCGAACGGGUUGUACCCGAGUGUGCUCCACCGGGUCUUAGUGAACCGGAUCCAGCGAAGGCUUUCAGUUGCGUAUUUAUGUGGGCCCCCUCCAAAUGUGGAGAUAUGUCCACAUGCGAAGUUAGUGGGCCCAAAUAAGCCUCCCCUUUAUAAGGCAGUGACUUGGAAUGAGUACCUUGGGACCAAAGCAAAGCAUUUUAACAAGGCACUCUCAACUGUUCGGCUUUGUGCACCUAGCUAGAUGUAAAACAGCCUCACACCAAUAGUGAGCAGCAAGUGGGCUAUAGAUUGCUUUGAACCUUUUGCAUGCUCUAUUUUGUACCAAACAUGAAUGAAAUACCUUCUUCUUCUUUUUUGCUUAACUGGAAACUUGGUGGUUAAUCAAUUAGAUGUGGUGGGGGUCGAUGCCAACAAUAAAUAAGUUGAAGAGAUAUAUAUUUGUUUGGCUCUAAACGGGAGAGAGAGAAUACAGGGGAUAAGAUAGUCUCAUACUCUCAUCGAUGUUUCAAUAUUUGUCUUUGUAUCGAAAGGGACAUCGCUAUAUUGUCCAAUAUGAUUAUUCAAUUCGACUACAGAACUCGCCAAAAAAACA